AUGACCUGCUGCGAAGGAUGGACAGCCUGCAAUGGAUUCAGCCUGCUGGUUCUGCUUCUGUUGGGAGUAAUUCUCAAUGCAAUACCUCUAAUUGUCAACUUAGUGGAGGAAGACCAAAUUUUUAAAAACCCCAUCUCUUGCUUUGAAUGGUUUUUCCCUGGGAUUAUUGGAGCAGGUCUGAUGGUCAUUCCAGCAACAACAAUGUCCUUAGCAGCGAGGAAAAGAGCAUGCUGCAAUAACAAAACCGGGCUGUUUCUUUCAUCACUUCUGAACGUGAUCACCGUCACUGGAGCUGCAUACUGCCUGAUGGUGUCUGUCCAGGCUCUCGCGGAGGGCCCUCUCAUUUGUAACUCUCAAGACAACAGCACUUCCAGUUGCGAAUUUUCAUUUAAAAACUUAACUGCCAUUCAUCCAGAAUCCUUCGAUCUGCAGUGGUUCUUCAACGACUCUUGUGUUUCUCCUACGGAUUUCAAUAAUCCCUCCAUCAACAACACAACAGCCAGUAACUGGAGAACAUACAGCUUACACUUCAAUUCUAUAGAAAACAAACAUAGGAUUAUCCAUUUCUCAGUAUUUUUAGGUCUACUGCUCGUGGGCAUUCUUGAGACCCUGUUUGGGCUCAGUCAGAUAGUCAUUGGCUUCCUCGGCUGUCUGUGUGGGGGAGUCUCUAAGCGAAGAAGCCGAAUUGUGUAG